GGUGUCCGCGCCGCGUCUGUGGAGCCGAGGGGCGGCUGCCGGAACGAUGGCGUUGUGAUUGGCCGCGCCGUUGUUAUGGUGCUCCGGUGCUAUUUGAUACAACGACUGCCCGUGUGGGCGUUGUAAUCUCAUUCAUUGUACUUUGCUUAAAGGGUGCGAAAUGGCUACAAAGACCCCAAUCUAUAAAAAAACACCUUUGAGUGCAACAGCACAGAGGAAGAAACCUGGACCCAAACCAGAAAUUACUGAAGAUCAAAAGCAGGAAAUAAGAGAAGCAUUUGAUCUGUUUGACACAGAUGGUACGGGAUCUAUUGAUGUAAAAGAAUUAAAGGUUGCAAUGAGAGCUUUGGGAUUUGAACCCAAGAAAGAAGAAAUAAAGAAGAUGAUUUCUGAAAUUGAUAAGGAAGGCACUGGGAAGAUUGACUUUAAUGAAUUUUUAGCUGUGAUCACACAAAAGAUGGCUGAGAAAGAUACAAAGGAGGAAAUUCUGAAAGCCUUCCGGUUGUUUGAUGAUGAUGAAACUGGACGAAUUUCAUUUAAAAACCUGAAACGUGUGGCAAAGGAACUUGGAGAAAACCUCACGGAUGAAGAGUUACAGGAAAUGAUUGAUGAAGCAGAUCGAGAUGGAGAUGGAGAAGUGAAUGAGCAAGAAUUCCUUCGAAUAAUGAAAAAGACAAGUUUGUACUGAUGUACCAAUCUAUGCACAUCACGUAUUUUACGUGUAUGCAUGCCACAUGUUUAUAAGCUUUAAAGCAUGCUGAUUGAACAGGGAAAUAGGUAAAGGCAACUAUACUGACGUAUGUAUGAAAGACAAUGACUUAAUGAUGGCAAACAAAACAAGGAGAUGGGCUGCUAAUUAAAUGUAAUGGGGGGGGGGGGGGAGGAGAAGAGGAGAGGAUAAAGAGAUUAUAAAAUAUUUGAUUUUUAUGGGGUUUAAAGGUAUUUUAAGAAAAAUUCUACUUUUGAUGCUAUAAUAAACAAGCACCUUAAUGCCGCUA